UGCCAGUUUGUUGCUUGUCAUUAGUCCCAUGUUUUAUGUCGUGCAUGAGCUACAGAAAAAAACGAUCUAGUCCAACCAGCUGAGUAUUAUUAUCCAGUUAUUUUCUACCUACAUUUAUUAGUAAGCAAAAAACAACAACUGAAGAACCUGCCAUGGCGCUCAGCGAUGCCGACGUACAGAAACAGAUCAAACAUAUGAUGGCCUUCAUUGAACAGGAGGCCAAUGAGAAAGCAGAAGAAAUUGAUGCAAAGGCAGAAGAGGAGUUCAACAUUGAGAAGGGCCGUCUGGUGCAGACCCAAAGGCUGAAGAUCAUGGAGUACUAUGAGAAAAAAGAAAAGCAGAUCGACCAGCAGAAGAAAAUUCAGAUGUCCCACCUGAUGAACCAGGCUAGACUGAAGGUGCUGAAGGCUCGUGAUGACAUGAUCUCGGAUCUGCUAACUGAGGCUCGUCAGAGGCUGGCCAACAUUGCUAAGGACCCAGCGAGGUACCCUGCCUUGUUGGAGGGGCUAGUUCUGCAGGGAUUCUACCAACUGCUGGAACCCAAAGUGAAAAUUCGCUGCCGGCAGCAGGACAUUGCCAUGGUGCAGGCUGCUGUACAGAAAAACAUCCCCAUCUAUAAAGAUGCUGUGAAGAGCAACAUUGAGGUCGGCAUUGACAAAGACCGGCACCUUUCACCAGACAUCUCUGGAGGUAUUGAGAUGUACAACGCUAAUGGGAAGAUCAAGGUAGCCAACACCCUGGAGAGCAGGCUAGACCUCAUGGCCCAGCAGAUGAUGCCUGAGGUCAGAACGGCUCUGUUCGGUGCCAACCCGAACCGUAAGUUUUUGGACUAAAAGAUGAUGCUGAUGGAGACAAAGGUUAAGGGAUCAUUGGAUGUGUUACUGCAAACAAGCCUCUUAUUUGGAUUGGAUAUGUGGAAAGUUGAGCAGAGCCUAAGAACACCCUGUCUCUGUGCUGGUUAAAAAUGCCUCUCUAUGAUCUUCCCAACUUUAAGCACUUAUCUCUAUGAUCUUCCAAAGUAAGAAACAGUUUUAUGAGACACGAUGUGAGGGAGAAUGUGUGUUGACUGGUGUUAAGGGUAGGUGGCUUUCCCAAGUGUUUUAUACUACUGCCUCAGUUUACCACUGCUCCCCUCCCAUCACUAAGGGUUGUCUGAUUGUCCCUUUACUUUCCCUUGAGGAAUAAUUAAGGUAUUGCUUGUUUACUGUAAGGUAUCCAAACACCUGACGGUGGCUACCGCUGUAUUCCUUUUGAUGUUUAUGUUUGUGUAUUUUGUGUUGAAUGGGAAUAUAUUGGAUUGGCGAAUGGAUGUCUUUUAUUGUUACUUACCCAUGUGAUUAACAAUACAUAUGCAACACAGAAACAUGAAUAUUCACACUCUUUA